GAUAUUCCUAAUCAAUACCAGAAGUUGAGAUGGAUGCUAAAUAUAAAUUCAAUUUUUCUAAUUACAGAAAAAUCAUGAAAUUUUAUUGCAUUUCCCUUAUUUUAACAACUGAAAAAAAGUACUGUAUCGUCGGAAGAUAAGUAGGAGUACUCCGAAGUUCUAACCUUAACCCUCGAUUACAUUCAUCAACUCCAGCUUUCCGUUUUGAAAAAUUGACAAAUUACCACACACACAACUUUGGAUUUCCAGCAUCAUUACCUUUUUCCGAAUUUCACGAGCAGAUAAAAUAGAGCGAGAGAAAACAAAUUGAAGGAUUUUUCGACGAAACUAGAAACUUGGAUCUUCCAAAAAUUUGAAGGAGAGAGAAACCUCGACGUCAUGCGAGGAUCCGUUACAUGGUUUAGACGAUUUUUAUGGAUUUUGGUAUUAGUAGGUGGUGUUCUCAUUGGCAGUAGUGUCGCGGAAAGUGUUACUCCAGAUGAAGCUAGGCGGUUAAGAGACGAGGUUGAGGAGAUGUUUUUCCAUGCAUUUAAUGGAUACAUGGAGCAUGCUUUUCCACGGGAUGAGUUAAAGCCAUUGUCCUGUGAUGGGGAAGAUACUCUUGGGGGUUAUGCCUUAACUCUGGUUGAUUCCUUGGAUACAUUAGCUUUGCUUGGUGAUAAGGAACGAUUUGCUUCUUCCGUUGAAUGGAUUGGGAAAAACCUGCGAUUUGAUAUUAAUAAAACAGUGUCAGUUUUUGAAACAACCAUUAGAGUUCUUGGAGGUUUGCUAUCUGCCCACCUUAUUGCAAGUGAUUAUGCUACGGGCAUGAGAGUCCCAUCAUAUGACAACCAAUUACUUCAUUUGGCGGAGGAUCUUGGCUACAGGCUGCUGCCUGCCUUUGACACGCCUACAGGUAUUCCUUUUGGGUCCGUGAAUUUAUUGGAUGGAGUUGAUGAAAAUGAAAGUAAGAUAACAUCAACAGCUGGUGGUGGGACUUUGACCUUGGAAUUUGGUAUUUUGAGUCGCCUAACAAACAAUCCUGUGUUUCAGCAAGUCACAAAGAAUGCUGUUCAUGGAUUAUGGGCCUGUCGUUCUAAGCUCAAUCUAGUAGGUGCUCAUAUUAAUGUCUUUACUGGUGAAUGGACGCAGAAGGAUGCUGGAAUUGGAACAAGUAUUGACUCGUUUUAUGAAUAUCUUCUGAAGGCAUUCUUACUUUUUGGAGAUGAAGAAUAUCUUUUCAUGUUUCAAGAAGCUUAUGGGGCUGCUAUGCACUAUCUCUUCAAUGAUCCUUGGUAUGUGGAAGUAAAUAUGGACUCUGCUGCUAUUGUGUGGCCGCUAUUCAAUAGCUUACAAGCAUUCUGGCCUGGCUUACAGGUUCUAGCUGGAGAUGUUGAUCCUGCGAUUCGCACACAUGCUGCCUUCUAUAGUGUCUGGAAAAGAUAUGGAUUCACUCCUGAAGGCUUCAACCUGGCUACUCUUAGUGUGCAGCAAGGUCAGAAAAGUUAUCCACUGCGUCCAGAGUUAGCUGAGAGUACAUAUUGGCUUUACAAAGCUACCAGAGAUACCAGGUAUCUCGAUGUAGGACGUGACAUUGUGUCCAGCUUGCAAUAUGGGGCCCGAUGCCCCUGUGGAUAUUGUCAUAUAACAGAUGUUGAGGAUCACAAGCAAGAAGAUCACAUGGAGAGCUUUUUCCUAUCUGAAACUGUUAAAUAUUUGUGGCUGCUAUUUGAUUUAGCUGUGGGUCCUGAUAAUCUCGUUGAAAGUGGACCAUAUGAAUAUAUCUUCAGCACCGAGGGCCACCUACUGCCUGCAACCCCUCAAAUAUCUCUAGUGCGUGAACAUUGCUCAUAUCUUGGUGCAUACUGCACGAGUCAUAACAGUAGCUUGAGACAGGAACCACGUUCUCCUGAAAUCUACAGAAAAUCUGAAGAGGCAAAUGGUAGCGGAUUCCAGAGAGGUUGGGGUCCAAGUGCUUUGUUAUCGGGCUUACCUGAUAGGAAGGUCAGUUCUGGCUCAGCUUCAGUGAAGGGGACAUGUCCAGGACUAAGUCAUGGGCAAAAGAUUGGAGUAUCAUACUUUAAACCUCAAAAGACUCAAGAAGUUGUCUCUGUAAAUAGAAGGGAAGCUUCUCUGAAGAGUAAAGUAGUCGUGAUUGCUUCUGAUACAAGUUCUACAGACAUGGUAAACGAUGGAACUCCUAAAGAAUCGAGCAAAAAUGAGAGGGGAAAUCAGUCUCCAGAACAAUAACAUUUGGGAAAAACAACACCAAUCUGAACAAUAUCACUUAAAAGUGUUCAAAGCAUUGAAUUGCUGAGCAGGUUGUCGUCCAAGUUUAAAAGGAGUGAUUGCGAACUCUCAAAUGCACAUGGAAGCAGAGCAUUGUCACUGCAAGUUUAAAAAUGCUGAGUGACAUCCUUCAGACAAUUAUACUGUAGGCAUAGAUUACAUUAUCCACAGCAUAACCACACCCCAAGGAAAGCAAGGAACUGUAACUUUAUUGUAUAUUUCUUCAUAGAUAGUCAGCAUCAUUUUUGUCUAUUUAAUGUCAGAAACAUAGUUUGCUGGAGGACUUUGGUUUGUUAUGUAAUCAUGUUAGUCUCAGCUUAUCCGUGGAAGGUCUUAUUGUAUGUACCUCAUCAACAAUUUUGAUUAUUGAUUCGGUUCCAUGUUGUAUAGCAAAAAGGCUAGAAUCAGUUCAUGACUCCGAGCCUGUCGCUAUUGUAAUACCAGAAACUUUUUUGUAUGACCAAGGAUGGAUUUUAAAAUUUCAA